CCCAAUUCGGUGGUUUUCUGUGGGGCGCUCCAGUGCUCCACUGACGACUCCACCGUCAAUGGGACUGAUAAGCCGUAGUACGUAUGCGGUUUCGUACUAAACACGAUCUCGAUUACUUCAGUUUCAUUAGUAAAGCCGUAAAUUCAAUGCGAGCUUAACGUCCGAUGCGCUCUGUGCCCAAUAGUAGUAAUCGGACAGUUAGGUAACUUGAACGGUUUUUCGUGGGAUGACUGUUGUAUAUUUAUUGCAUGUGAGAGCGAUUCAGAAGGUUUAUUAGAACUUUAGAAUUAAGGAAAAUUGUGGAACUCCAUUUGGUGCUUUGAUCCGAAAAGUGUACCUUUGUCUUUCUUAGUCCUCCUAGUGCAGUGCUUUCCAUCGGUUGCGAAAACGUCCCCUUUAGUAAUUGAGUGAUUGUAAUUUGAUCCAAAGCAGUGAGUGGUCGAAGGUUUUGCGCAAUUUUUUCCACACUAUCCAUCGUUGUCGUGGAAAUAUCAUUUUACAAUACUUUUAUCGAUUUCACGGAUGGGGAGAGGAGCAUCAGGCGGCAACCAUCAUCAGAAAAAGUGAGACUGCGAGCUGAAACUGAAAAUGUGUGCCAAAGCGAGCAAAUUUCAGAUACAUUAAAAGCGCGUUCCCCGUCAUUAUGUAAUUAAAGUGUUUAUGUGCAUGAACGACGAUAUUCCAAACUUUAUCACUACCGGAAUAGCUACACACUCAAGAUGACGAAGGUUAAGUCAAUCGUUCGACCGGUUGUUAAGGAAUUUCAAAUGAACAAUUGCGGUUUUGAUCAUCAUUCGGCGGAUGAUUUUGUCAAGUCACAGUGGCAAACAAGAACUAAGAGUUUCAUUUUCCUUCUUUAUCGAUGUUUCAUAGCUGCAUUCUACCUAGCUGUUGUCAUCUAUUCCAUGAUAGAUGGUUUCUCAAAUGGAUUGUACUUUAUUUAUCUAACAAAUUGGGGUAUCAUGCUUUGUAUGGUCACAACCAUGCUUGGAGCUAUUUUAGUUUGUACUUGGUACUUACACCCAGAAUUUGCUGAUCGUGUGAAAGACUCCAACGAGAUGCCAAUACCCUUUAAGAUAUACUGGGGUAUGCACGUGAUAACGCUGAUCCUUUCAAUGGGUAUUACUAUAAUUUAUUGGAGUGUUCUGUAUAACGAUCUAGUCCAAGUCACUGCUGUUAACAUUUUAACGCAUGCUUUCAACUCAGUCUUGAUGUUUGUCGACCUCUGGAUUGUGGCUUAUCCAGUUAGAUUGCUUCAUAUGUUUCUUCCAGUCUGUUUCGGGUUGGUAUACGCAAUAUUCUCUGUAAUAUACUACGCAGCUGGAGGAGUUGACCCAGCCGGAAAACAUUAUAUUUAUCCAAUCCUGGACUGGGAUUAUCCUGGGAAGGCUAUAUUGACUGUGAUAGGAGUAAUUUUACUAUGCUGUGCUCUUUAUAUUUUCAUAUUUUACGUAUAUAAACUAAGGGUGUUCAUACAUCGUCGAUAUAAUCGGAAGCAAGUUUUCGAACCAAGCCAGUGUGCAGGCCGACCGAGCUCUACGCCAGUAACACUACCAUCGAAUCGAAUUUCCAUGGUCCUUGGUGAUUACGGUCAUGAUCACCUAGCAUUCACGAACAGCUCUGAGAAAAUUGUCAGUUGAAGCUGGCAUUCAUCAAACAAACUAUGAUUUCGCAAUGAGUUGCAAAUAUUUUUUGAAAAUAUUUUAGGUGAAAAGUUUGUAUGAAAGUUUAUUAUGAAAUGUGUAUAAUGUAAAUAGAACUCCGAAAUAAAUUGUAAAUAAUAAUAGUAUUAAAUAACUGAAGAUGAAUUGUACAAACAUAAA